AUGUUACAUAAAUCAGUUUAUUUAUGAACAUUGAUAGCAAGGUACUUUUAUGAAGAAACUACUAAAAAAAGAAAUGAGUGGGGUCAGCAGAUUAAAGCAGCUUUCAGAAGUUAUUUCUGUUUUAACUCAGUAGGAGUACUUCCUUCCCACUAGCCCAUAACCUUUAGGUAUAAUUAACUCUUUAGUGCCUCAUUUGGUUCUCUAUUAGCCACUGAAUUACCUUAAUCCUCUUUCAUAAAAAGAAGGCCUAUGAAUAGAGACAAACUGCCUAGCCCCCAAAGACUGUUGGAAUUGUCCAACAGUGCAGGUUAAAAGAAAAAAAAUCAAAAGAUGGGGAAGGCUGGUUCCCUAAAUUGGCUACAAUUUGAAGAGAAAGAUAGUAUGUUGCAAAAAUUCUGGUUCCUGCGGCUCUCUUAACAGGAUACCAAGCUUAACUGCUGAAAAUCACCCUAGCUAUUUGGGCAACUGUGUACAGGGGUAAAGAUAUGGUACCUGGGAGAGGCUAAAAUUACCAAGGACUAGGACAUGUCAUUUGGAUCCAGCAGGAAGAGAUGGUUAUAAGAUAGCAAAUGACCAGAAACAAAUUAAUUAUUCAUAAGAGCAGGCCUGGCAAGUGAGACCCAGGUUCACAUUAACCUAAUCAAAUAUGGCGCUGGAUGCCAAAACUGAUUGCCCGCCGGAAGUCCGGAGGAAAUUACCCCCAUCCAAGAUGGCGGCGGCUACGGAGAUGAGUCGCCAGGCGGGAGCGCCUGGAGCGUCUUUGCCCUCAUCCAAGAUGGCGGCCCCGUGGGCGCUGCCCUAGCUCCGCCCCGUGCCGCGGCCCCGCCUCCCCCUCGUCCCUCCCUCCGCCCCCUCGCAGUACCCAGUGGGUCUGAGGUGCACGCGUGAGGAGAGCGGGCUGCAGGCGCUUGACAUGGCGGCAGCGGCGGCGACUGCAACGACCAAGGGGAAUGGGGGCGGCAGUGGACGAGCCGGGGCUGGCGACAGCAGCGGCUCCCGGAAGAAGAAGGGCCCCGGGCCUGUGGCCACGGCGUACCUGGUCAUCUACAAUGUGGUGAUGACGGCGGGGUGGCUGGUGAUAGCGGUUGGGCUGGUGAGAGCAUACCUGGCUAAGGGGAGCUACCAUAGUCUUUAUUAUUCAAUAGAAAAGCCUUUGAAGUUCUUCCAGACAGGAGCCUUACUGGAGAUUUUACAUUGUGCUAUAGGGAUUGUGCCAUCUUCUGUUGUCCUGACUUCUUUCCAGGUGAUGUCAAGAGUUUUCCUAAUAUGGGCAGUGACCCAUAGUGUCAAAGAGAACACCCAUGUUCAGACUGCCAUUAUAAGUGGUGAUAUAUCAUAAAAGAAGUAAGGCAUAUUACCAAGUUGUCUGCCUUUUCCAGAGAGGACUCUUUUCAAGUCUGGUAAAACCCUGGUAAGACGGACUUGAUAUGUGUGUGCAUGUGUGUGUGCAUGUGAGUGCGUGUGUGUGAGUGUGCAUGUGAGUGUGUAUGUGUGCAUAUAUGUGUGUGUGUGUGUGUGUGUGUGCACGCAUGUGCAGGCUUCUUUGCAUAACGUGGGGAACUAAUCGCUAAUAUUCUAGGCUUUAUCCAUGGUGGGGCUUUAACUUUGUUCUUUUCAGAUAGCUGCCAUAAAUGUUUGUUUUAAGCCUGACACUUUCUCUGCUUCUCCCUUUUACCUUUUGCUCUGGCUCUACCAAAAUAGCCUGAGUUUGAAAGUUUUGUCUCUUGAGUUCAGGACUUCAAAGGACAAUGCACUUUGUAGCUCUGGAGAGCCCAGAGCUUUUCAGAUGCUCCACUGCAUUACCUCACCUCUGGAGGAAGGCUCAGCUGGUGACUUAGGGACUGGGGAGUGCAGGCCCCCUCAUAAAAGCAGCCAGCAUAUGCCUCAGCUAGUCAUUGCCUGCCAGAUCCAGUCUGAGAAAGAAAAGGCAAAAAUCCAGACAUUAAAUUUCACAUUAAAAUGUGAAAUCUACCAAUUAAAAAAAUAAAAAAACUAGUUCAAAUAUUUUUAACACACUGUAUGAGUUCAAACAGAGCAUCCAUGGAGAGAGGCCACUGGGUGCUGUUCUUAUUUCUGCUCUAAGAGCUUUUGUUUGUUUGUCCUUUCUUUUGAAACUUUGCACAGAAUAAAUACUCACAUAUAUGAUGCCAGUUUUUUGUACUCUAGUGUCCAGAUGUUGUAUGUCUGACAGUGAAAAAGCCCCUUGACAAGUACAGCUGGCAGACUGUGGUGUAAGUGUCCCCAAGCUCUUUCUUUAGGGUCAUAGCAACUUGAUGCUAGGAACAUUGUUCUCUGAGCUGUUGUUACUGUACUUAGAGAAACGUGAGCUCAUAGGAUACUUAUAUUGGAUUAGAUAUAUGGGACUGCAUAUGACCCAUUCUAAUAGAAUCUUGCACACGGGUUAUAUUGAGGGUCACAGCCGUAUGAAAGCUCUCAGUAGGAGACUCAACUAAGACUGAGGAAAAAUGUUAGCAAAGGCCAGCAGCCAGUGAAAGCCAUACAACCACUGUAUGAUCCCAAAGGCAAAAGUCUCCAUACUAGGAGUCCAAGAUUCAGAGAGGGUAAGUAACUUGCCUCCAAGAAGUACAUCUAAGAAGUCUGAAGGUCUUUUUCCUUUCAGAGUUGCAGUUGGAACCAGACACAGUGACAUUGUGCUGAGGCUAGCCUUCUUGGGUAUUUUCAUGCAUUCUAGAAAAUGGACUGGGUACAUAGAAAGCCAUAAAGCUAGACAAAUGGAACACUGUAGAUUCAGAGCUGCAUGCCUGGCUAUGCCGUGAUGCAGAAUUGAUUGUGAGUUGCUUGUCGAAUGCAUGCCCAUUAUGUUUUCCUUAGUGCAUGUUCUGCAGAAAAGUUGAUUUUGUACCCAAGAGUGACUUGGUAGAACAAGAUCAUCAUCCACAUCAAAAGUAACCCACUGGACUGAUGAUACGGCUUAGUGAGUAAGGCUACCUACCCACCACCCAGGCCCUACAUGGUAUCAAGAGAACUGAUACUCGGAAGGUCUCCUCUCACCUACACACACACACACACACACACACACACACAUACACACAAUCUUUUCCUUCAUUGUGUUUGUUUGUGUUUGUUUGCUUUUUAAGUAGUCCUAGGCUGGAGAGAUGGCUAGAUGGUCAAGAGCCCUUCCAGAGGACUCAAGUCCAAUGCCCAGCACCCACACGGCAGCUCACAACUGUCUGUCACUCCAGUCUCGGGGGAUCUGAAGUUCUCUUCGGCCCUCUAUAGAUAGUAUAUACACAUGGGACACAGUCGUGCAUGCAAGCACCCACACAUAUAAAAUAGCAAAUGUUGGCUGGGUAGGGUGGUUCAUACUUGUAACCCUAACCAACACUUUGGAGGCUGAGACAGGAGGAUUCUAAGUUUGAGACUAACUUGGGCUGUAUAAUGAGACUGUGUCUCAAAGUGUUGCCAAAAAAAAAAAAAAGAAGAAGAAGAAGAAGAAGAAGAAGAA